UUUUUCAUCACCACCACCAGUAGGCAGCAGCAGCAACAGCAGUAGCCAUAACCACCGCCACCAUCACCAGUGAUCUGAGUGUGUGUUUCAAGAGCAAAAGCUUUAGAAAUGGUGCUUCCUGGUCACUACCAUCACAUGCUCACUUUAGCAUUUGGCCUUAUGGGCAAUAUUGUCUCAUUCGCGGUGUUUCUUUCACCAAUGCCGACGUUCUAUAAAGUUUACAAAAAGAAAUCUACCGAAGGGUUUCAGUCGAUACCUUAUGUGGUGGGAUUGUUUAGUGCCAUGCUUUGGAUCUAUUACGCAUUGCUAAAGGGCAACUGUAUGCUUUUGAUCACCAUCAACUCCGUUGGCAUUGUCAUACAAACUUUCUAUCUUUGUGUUUUCGUCAUCUAUGCGCCAGGGAAAGCUAGGAUGGAAUGUUUGAAGCUAAUCACAUUGUUCAUAAUUGUUGGAUUUGGGUUGAUUGUUCUCCUUACUCAAUUCCUUACAAAAGGCGUAAAGCGUUGGACGAUAGUUGGAUGGAUUUGCCUUAUAUUUUCCUUGUGUGUUUUUGUCGCGCCUUUAGGUGUCGUGAGGCAAGUGAUCAGGACAAAAAGUGUCGCUUACAUGCCAAUUCUUUUGUCGAUCGCGCUCACAAUCAGUGCGGUUAUGUGGUUCUUUUAUGGUCUACUUCUAGGGGACUUUAACAUCGCGAUCCCAAAUACGCUCGGAUUCACCUUUGGUGUCCUCCAAAUUAUACUUUACUUCGUUUACAAGAACAAGAAGCCUGUCAUAGACGAAAAAAUCACCGAAUUCAAAGAAAAAAUGAGUGAAAUGGAUGAACCAAAAGUCCCAAAAGGAAAAGAUCAAAACACAGUCGAUAUGGUGUAGUCCAAAUCAUACCAUUGAAGUUGCAGUGUGACAUUUAUCCUAAAUGAUUUUGAUUUGAUGUCAAAGUGUACCAGCUUCUCUAUAAAUAACUGUACACUUCUUGAUUACAUGUUUUUACCUUAAUUUCGUCUUUCCUAGCUAACGUAACUCUUGUAUUGUUUCUGGUAUUGAAUGUACUAUUGAUAUAAAUGAAUUUGAUUUUCUAUAUACAUA